CUUCUUCUUCUUCCUCUUCUUCUUAGGGGGCUUCCUGCAUGUUGUCCUGGCUGGAGGUCUCUUUCCCCUUUUCCUCCGUAUGCGAGCCAGACAGAGCCGCAGACAAACGGGGCAGCCCCCCCCGCCGGGCAUCUGGGCCUCGGAGCGAGAAACGACGCCUCGUCUGCUCGCUACUUCACAAACUGGGACAUAUUUGCUUGGCUCUAGGGCGUAACCAGCCCCUGAAGAGAGACCGGCCUAAAUGGAAAAGUGACUACCCGAUGACGGAGGGCCAGCUGCGCAGCAAGAGAGAUGAGUUCUGGGACACGGCGCCAGCGUUCGAGGGCCGGAAGGAGAUCUGGGAUGCGCUGCGGGCGGCGGCCAGCGCCUUUGAGAGCAAUGACCACCUGCUGGCUCAGGCCAUCCUCGAUGGGGCCAGCAUCACACUGCCACAUGGAGCUCUGACCGAAUGUUACGAUGAGCUGGGGAACCGAUACCAGCUGCCGGUCUACUGCCUGUCUCCCCCCGUCAACAUGAUCGAAGAGCGCUCCGACGAGCCCGACGGUUCGGAUCCGGACUCCGGGGCGGCGGACCCGUCCACGGGCAGCGCCAGCGACCCCGCCUCGGGGGGGGAGUGCCAGCUCCGCCUGAGGCUCUCCACGGGUCGCGACCUCCGCCUGGCGGUCCGCUCCACGGACACGGUGGGCAUGAUGAAGCGCCGCCUGCAAAGCCAGGAAGGCGUUCCCGCCGCCACCCAACGCUGGUUUUUCUCAGGUCGGCCGCUGACGGACAGACUGCGCUUGGACCAACUCAACAUCUCCAGGGACUACGUAGUGCAGGUCAUCCUCAGCCAGCGCCCUCCCGCGGAGCCCACGACGACGACGACACCGGGACAUACACCCGAGGCGUCUGGACCGGCGGCGGUGGAAGGAGUAGCUGCUCAGCCGCAAGAGCCGACCCCAGUGGAGAAUUAACUAACUCGGCAGCCUGGAGCUGGACAGUCACCUGGCAGUACAACAGAAGGAUAUCAAGGGACGAUAGAGAAUCAAAGCCGAUUCUUCUCUUCUUCUUCGUCUUCUUCUUCUUCUUCUUCUCCUCUUUUCUUCUCCUCUCCUCCUCCUCCUCCUCUCUUCCCUUCUCUGUGCUUUUGGCUGAGAGGGGCGUUGUUUGGGCAGAGGUUGGCCGCCUGCCGGAGCAUAAGGACUCUUCAAUCGAGAAAAGACUCCUCCUUUUCGGUUUUACACGUUGAAAUUUCGACCUUUUUUGAAGUCUUUUUAACUGUUCCUAUGGAAACCAACCAACAAAAAAGUGAACUUUGUAAGAUGGCUCAAAGGGUUUUCUUAGCAACGCUGGAGUUCGAAUGUUUCUGUGUCUCGGUUUCCAUUCAAGUUCUGCUCCCCGGCGAAGCCGGGGGUCAGCGGAGCGACUUCUGUUUAUUAGGCUACAGGGUUAUGCAUUUUUAACUCAGACACAUCAGAAAAAAAGAAUAUAUAUAUAUAGUUUAACAAUCGUAACAGUUAAUCCAGGCAUUUUUUGUAACUACAUGUCAAUUGAAUCAAGAACACUUAAGUCAGGAUGGAGUUUGUCCGCCAACGGCCGUAGAGAAAGUUUGGUAUUGCUGGACUGGAUGUGUUACCAAGCUGCUGCUGGAUCAGAUUCUUAAUUUCACUCUUGCUUCACUGAACAAUCAGAUUAAUCGUGUAAUAAACAUCAAGUAGUCGGCCUGUGUGUGUGCGAGCGGAUGCGAAUGUGUGCGUGCGUGGAUGCUCAUGAUACGAUCAAGACACAACCACACUUACUCAUGUGGCAAAAGGAUGGACUUCAGAAACAUGGUUGCAUAUUUUGAUUAAAAAAAAAAGAAAAAAGUCAAAGGUUUUUAAUUAAAACUGGUCAUUGUUUAUA